GGUAGGCAUUGUGACACAGACUGGAGCAUACUUCUUCUUGGCAGCUUCUGUUCCUCUCUUUGGCUCAUCGUCUGCCAUUGCCACCUUAGCUAAGGAGCACACAGCUGCAGCUGCAGCUGUGAAGACAAGAUCCCUCCUCAUCUUCAUGCUCUGUUCUUGCUUCUUGUUCUCCAAGCUGGUUGUGUUUUCACUCCCGGAGGCUUUGACCACCGUGAGGCUUCGUCUGCUGUUGCUGGAGAUGUUUGCCGGAAGGUUUGAGACGGUAGGGAGAAAUGAAGAUGUCAUGGUCAUUGACGCCAUUGCAAUUGAGAAGAGAAGAAGAAGAUGAGCUUCGCAGGAGACAGAGGCGCUGCGUUUCCUCGUCGAGAUGUUAGUGUUUUGAUGUCAUCUAUCGCUUCCUCUGUACUCUUUUGCAAUUGUUGCUUUGUGGAGAUGAUAGAUCUGGAUCUGUGACAUUGUUCUUGUUCAAUAUAAUUGUUAUGUGACCAGUAAGAACUAAAA